AGGUGUGCAAAAUUAUUACGCAAUCGUUGGCAACAUCUACCUCUUAUUUCCGCAGUUAUCGUGCAUAAGGAGAUAAUCAACUUUUCCAGACUGGAUAAGAAAUUUUGAACGAACUAUCAAAAGUAACAUUAAAAAUGCAUGUGAAAAGAGUGAGACAACAGUAUCGUGAGAAGAGCAAAUUACCUGGUUGUAUGAAAGUAUCUCGAAACGAAAGGCGCGUAAUUAUAAUCAAGAAGAAAACAGGAAACAAAUUCAAGUUCAUCAUUGUACCGCAUGACCGGAGUAGGCAGUAUUGGAAGUAGUGCCGGAUCUACUUCCGGUUAUCCGCUAUACAUGAAUCCAGCUGAACUUACUUCGAGUUCUCAGCAAUUAUGGACUACACAAGUACCAAAUUUGAGUGGUGCACUUCCUCCGAUGAACACUGAGGACUACGGAGUGAGCAAGUCGUCGACAGUUACUCAUCAGAGCUUACCAGCCUUUUCGCAGCCCUUCAGUACACGGUUUCCCCGAUACUCACCACCCUAUACAUCGCAACAGGCUAGUGCUGCUACAUCUGACAUUACAUCGUGGCCAACAUAUGCCUCGACGGGAGAGACGGCACUCACUUCACAAUAUGCGGUGGCGGCUACGGCUGCGGUUACAAGCACGGGACGGAGGCAACCGAACAGUGGAGGCGGUGCCCCGACGCCCGCCCAGCAUCAACUUAGCGCCGCAGCAAGUCUUUCAGCAAUGCACAACAUCGAAGCUGAGUACUUUACGGAAGGUCGUGAAUGUGUGAAUUGCGGGGCGGUUUCAACUCCAUUGUGGCGACGUGACGGCACCGGUCACUACCUCUGCAACGCCUGCGGACUUUACCACAAGAUGAACGGCAUGAAUCGGCCAUUGGUUAAGCAAUCACGGCGCAUGUCGGCGUCUAGACGUGCUGGUUUGUCUUGUAGUAACUGUCAAACAACGGCAACGGCGCUGUGGCGUAGAAAUGCGCAUGGUGAUGCUGUUUGCAAUGCUUGCGGCCUUUAUUUUAAAUUGCAUGGUAUCAACAGGCCACUUAGCAUGAAGAAGGAUGUGAUACAAACACGCAAGCGCAAGCCAAAAAAUGUCAAGAUUGGUGAUACACCAAUAUCUGGGCCUAUCGCUCCGUGCUCCGUCAAUCAUAAUAACAAUAACAACAACAAUAAUAAUAAUAACAACAACAAUAACAAUAAUACGCUGAAGAUCGAGACCGACAAUUAUAGUGAUUUACGCCUAAGCCACAGUAGUGUUACGCAGACCACCUACGCUUCGAGUCUCUACGGUAAUCAGUCUCAAGCCAACCGAAUAUCCACUAUUUCCUAUCAAUCGGGCAUGCCAAAUAUCUAUUAUGAUGUUAUGUCUCAACAACAUCCACAGCAACAAACAUCACAACAACAACAACAGCAACAGCCACAACAACAGCAAAAUCACAAUUUAGAAAACCAUCACUCACCGAAGGUUGAAUGCCCAUCGCCACCUUGUGCCACGCGUUCACCUGUUCUGGUAUCAGCUGAUCAUUCACCUGAUCAUCAAAUUUCUUCGUCACCGCAUAUUGUCACUCUUACUAAUUCAUCGCCAGGGACAGCUGGAAAAUUACAUAUUGAUACUAUCGAACGGCCUACCGUUGUAUCAAUACCUUCAUAGAAGAGUCUACAUAUAUCUUUAAUUUGUGAUGUAUAACUUUUAUUUUCAAAGUCUACAUCAAUGAAGCACAAUGUGCACUAUAUUAGAUCUUGAAAAUACUUUGAUGAAUGAAUUUUAAAUCACUUUAAAAGUUUUAAAGCUAUAAAUUAAUUAUCAAAGCAAAUAGCGGA